AUGUUUAUACAUAAUGAAAGUACUCAACGACAAAUCGAUUAUCAAUGCAUUUCUACUAGACUUUACAUUAUCAUUCUUCUUAUUUUUCUUAUUAUAUUACGUUUCUACACAUUAUUAAUUGAAAAUAUUCAACAAAAUACAAUUGUUCAACCAUCUGAAUUUCAAUAUAAUCAACUUCAACAAAUGUAUUCUUCAAAUCUUUAUUGUUCAUGUUCAUCAAUCUCUAUGAAUUAUUCGACUUUUAUUACAAUUCAACCUUCUUUUCAUCAAGUAUGUUCUAGUGGUAUUGUUUCUGAUCAAUUGAUCAAUUAUAAUUUCGACAAUGCUUUUAACCCAUCUAUUAUCUAUAAUAUAAAUGACUACCGAUUUUCUGGUAAAUAUCCUUUUGAGUUAUUGUCAAUAUUUUGUGAACAAGCUCAACAUACAGUUAAUAUUAGUCUCGAAACAUUUCUUCAAGCGCAAUUUGCUUCUUCACAAGUUAUUUCUCCAGAUUUCUUUGAAUUUAAAAUCCACUCAUCUAUUCGCAAUUGA